ACGAAGUGUCAAAAGUCUCGGUUUGAGACACAAGAAAGAUUUGUAAUGUUGAUUGAUGUAAUUUUAGCAAGAUUGCAUUUUUUCAGAUGAUUUCGAGUGCUCGUCGCGCUUCGUGACAUUGCCGUCCGUCUCAGCUUUCGGUACGUCAAACGAUUGUCGUCGUGGUAACUGCCAUCUUGCUAAAGGUGAUAUUGGCUGAUGCUCCUGAUGAUGCUCGAGUCAAGAUUCGCGUCGUUCGCGUUUCUGUCGACUUCAACGCGUACAUCGUUCGUCGCGAUCGUUGUCGCACGCGUUGGACACGUUCACCAGUGUUCAAGUUAAAACGUGUCACGUCGCAUUGUUCGCUGCACGAACGCGGUUUCGUCCGCCUUGCGACGUCGCCCGUUGUAAAUAAUCGUCGACCGAUCGGGCUGCGGCCGUGCUCAACUUUUUCGCCGUGGGAAACUGGUCGCUGGCACCGACCACGUCGGCGACGAUGACGGCUUCACUGCACUUUCUCUGAGGUCGGUACGGAGGAAGAGUCAUAGACAACAUUUUGGACAGACAUUAAGAAAGUACGCGCUGGCAGGGAUUCGCAAGAACGAUCGGGAAAUCGUGGCGACCGAUCCGACUCUCGCGGAGUCGAAUGUCGAGGAGUCGUAUGCGGACAUGGAGGAACAUGAGAUUCUUCUGCUUCCACCUUUCUCUGAUACCAAUAGAGAAGGUGUCAGGAAAAAGCUUUGGCGGAACACAAUAGAGAUAAUGGCCAGUGACGAUGAGGACUCGGAUGUGGACGAGGAUUUUGCUUUGCGUCAAACAGGUGUCUUUCCAGCCAAACGACAUUGCACGCAACUAUCCGAAGUUAACGAGACUCGUACGGACACGGAACAAGGCAUGAGUAUAAACAUGGAGACAGCAGCAAACAGUUUAAAGAAUAUCGAUUACGAAGAAGUUAUUUAUCAAAUGCAGAUUGAGGAGAAACUGAAAUCAUGGCAGGCUUUCCAAGAGAAAGAAGGAUCCAUGGACAAUAACGUCAAUGAAAUUUUAGAUUAUUAUAGGAAGAUGCAUCCACUUGUUUCUGAGGAUGAGGUCUCCGUUGAUCAGUUGGCCAGAUUUCAUUUUAGAUUCAAAGAAAACGACAUGGAAGACACGGCUGUGGCAAUGGCAAUUCGCAAUCAUGGAUUGGUGCAAUCGACCAAGCUUGCUCUCCAGGGACGUUACUGUAAGUGCAGAAGGAAAUUGAUGCAUUCUGCCAUUCCAUCCGAAUGCACGUACGAAGGAGAGUUAUCCUGUGGUCCCGUCAUCAGCAAUGUAGAAACGAGAAGACGCAAUGCGUUCGACGCAGAUAAAGUAUAUGAAUGUGAUCAACCAGAAGAUUUUUUGGAACGCGCUGUGGGAGUUGCGAUCAAAAAGAAGGGUCUGAGUGCUCUCAGUGUGGACUAUGGUUGAAUAUGCUGGUUAACAACCUAAUUUCUUUAGUGUAUUUAUAUAUAGUAGUAUAACUAACCCACCUACUUGUUGUGCUCUGUAAAUCUAUCGUGAUGUCUAUACUUAAUUUUUUAAUUGAUUUUUAUCAUACGACAAGUGUGUUAGAAUGCGUUUUACCAGCAGCAACAUCUUGAAACAUUUUAUAUUCGAACGUGUAUAUUCCUAUAUAGUGACUCAUUUCUGAAGAUUAGAUUGAUUCCAAUUAUUAAUCGUUUUUAAUAGCCAGCUUAUUAAUAGUACUGAUAUAUUAAUUAUAUUUUCAUAUACAUAUAUGCAAAUGACAUGGAAAUAUUAUUAAAUUACUUACAUAUACGUUAAAUUAAACUAGCGAUAUAAGCGAUAUAUUUCUCAGAGAAGUAUGCGACUAGCUAUAUACUUUUUUUAUUAUAGUAUAAAAUUUAUUUUUAUCAGAGAUGCUCUCAUGUUAUUCUCUCUUAUUAUUGUCAGAAUUAUUACUAGUCUCUUGAAUUUGUAUUAUGUUAAUUAUAUUAAUGGAUAUUGACUAUACAU